CGACAUACUAGACUGCCGAGACAGACGGUCGGAGAGAGUGCGCGGCGCCGCGCCGCGCGAGGCGUUUGUGUUAGGCGUAAAGGACACGAGACUAAUACAUAUUAACCACGAUCACUGCGCGACGCCGCAACAAUGCCUCGGCCCCACCAGCAAAAGCACAAGCACUCGCGCCGGUCCCACGCGUCGCCGCAGACGCGGAGCCCGCCGCUCGGCCAAAGAAAAGAGCCCCACUUCCUGGACGACGACGCGCCGAUUUCUUUCAAGUUUGCUGGUCUUCUAGCGCUCGCCGCCGCCGUUGGCGCCGUCGGUGGCUGUGUGGAAAUCAAAUUUACGGCGCGUUCGUCCCGAAUCGCCGCGUCGACCUCCACGCCAUCGACGCGCCGCCUGCUCGAUGGCGUGGCGAUGCCGGUUCCUCACCGCUCGACGGGGCCAGCACGGCCGCGUCAUCGCCGAGAAAUGACUUAGUGAAGAAUUAUCGGGUGCACCCGACACACUGGUUGAUUUCCACACAGGUCGGCGGCAACGUCCUCAUGCGCAAGUACACGUCCACUAAACAGCCGCUCCCCCUCACGGUCGUCGGCGCGUUCUCUUAGGGCCGGAACCUCGCGGAGGGCCUACAGACGACGAAGCGGGCCCUGAGCCACUCGCGGUGCCGUGAGGAAUGUUUAGAACGGCUCGGCGCCGCCUGGAAGAGCACCAAGGGGAGCGAGUCCGACGCGGCGCGGCGCCUGAUCCGCCGCUCGGAGAACGGGCGGCUGACGCUGGCGGCGCCGUACGCCGAGCGGCUCCAGACGCAGGUCCCCACGACGAAGAGCUGGUCCGAGGCGAACGCCUCGUCGUCGUAAGGCUCACUAUUCAAUUGUAGGGGGAAGGG